GACAGCAUGUGCGUAAACGCCGUAAUUUCUCUCGGAGAGAACUCAGCCGCAUCAAUAGACUGCAGCAGUGAACAUAAUCGUGUUUUAUAAAACGGUAGCAAAUCAAUGAUAAUCUUGAUAAGACCGGUAAACAAAUAUUGAUGUUUGUGUGUUGACUGCCUCAGUACGUCGCGUUUGUUUGCUGUCAAAGUAGAUUGGAAGUAACACACAUACACACACAGGCGCGCGCAGCCCACGUCCCCCACACGGAUGUUGUAAUGGUGUAAUGCGUGCGCUGGUGUAAGUAGCAAUGUGAUGUGACCACGACAUUUUAAAAAUGGACGACAACGGGUGUUGGUGCGUUGUUUAUAAACUUACUACGUGAAGAUUCGCAUCGUCGCGCGGCCCAGCGAGCCUGUCACGAUGACUGAUCGCAACGAAAAAGUACUCAUCGAGUUGCAGAAGCAGCCCGGGAACAAUGUGUGCGCGGAUUGCUCCAGUCGAGACACAGAAUGGGCUUCAUAUAACAUUGGCAUUUUCAUAUGCAAGAGAUGCUGUGGAGUGCACCGAAGCAUGGGUGCCCACAUCAGCAAAGUAAAACAUCUAAAACUGGACAGAUGGGAGGAUUCACAGGUUGAUAGAAUGAAGGAGGUUGGCAAUUUGUAUGCCAAACAGAAAUAUGAGGAACGUGUUCCACCCUAUUACCGACGACCAAAAGAAAAUGAUCCACAAGUAUUACUUGAGCAAUGGAUACGAGCAAAAUACGAUCGCGAAGAAUUCUCGCAUCCGGAGAGACUCGCGUACGCGAGUGGCACAAUGGAAGGCUUCCUGAUGAAGCGCGGAAAAGAAGAUAGUCGCUUUCAGAACCGAAAGUUUGUCCUAAACGAGUCUGAGAACACCUUGAAAUACUAUGUUCGCGACAAUGGCCAGCCGAAGGCAAUUCUGCACGUGUCUGAGACAAACAUAGUAUUAGCACCGGAGAAGAUCGGGUAUCCGAACUCGUUGCAACUAUCGUUCCUGAAAGACGGCACAACCAGACACAUCUAUUUGUAUCAUGAGAAUCCCGAGGUGAUUGUCAAUUGGUACAUGGCUAUUCGGUGCGCCAAAUUGCAUCGGUUGCAACUUGCCUAUCCUACCGCCAUCGAGUCUGAGCUGGUCGAGCGUCUGGAGGACGACUUUGCAAAGGAGGGCUGGCUGUACAAGACUGGUCCGCGGCCUAGUGACGGCUACAAGAAGCGGUGGUUUACGCUAGAUCAUAGAAAACUGAUGUAUCACGACGAGCCACUAGACCCACAUCCAAAGGGCGAAAUAUUUUUAGGACAUUCACUUGAUGGGUAUGCAAUUCGAAUAGGAAGUUUAAGAGUGAAAGACCAUCAGGGCUUCAAUUUCACACUAACCACACCCGAUCGCGUUUACAAUUUAUCAGCGCUGGCCGAAGACGACCGAGAUCAAUGGAUUCAGGCGAUCAAACACGUUUUAGAUCAGCCCUUGACGCCCCAAGACUUCACGAUAUCUGCGAGAUUAGUAAGAAAGCGAGCAAAUACGAACUCAAUUACAAACGCAAUAUUCUCACAACGGUAGUGUCUCUCAACAUAUCAAGCACGACAAAAUAAAAAAAAAAAAACGCAAGAAUUAAGCGCAUAAAUGCAUUAAGGGUGUAAGAAUUUAAAAAACAAACGAAAGUUACAUGGAAAUGUCAUCAUCACUUUGCCUAGUCUCUGUAUUUAUUGCAAUCGAUGAUGAAUGAAAUAGUUCAUAAUUAUAAAACACGGCAACUUUUUUAAUACUCAAAACCUAAUUUAAUUAUCAUGUACUCUAUGUACUGUAUUAUGAUUAUUAAAUCAUCAUCUGAU